AUGCCUUUGUUUGAUCUUGGGCGCAAGAAGCCUGACCUAAUACUCAGUUCCUGCCACAGCUACUUGAAGAAACAUGUAAAGCUGCCCUCAGAGCACCGUGUGAUUAUACUGAAUAUCAUUGAGAGAAUUAUCAGAGAGACUCUAGAUUCCAUAGAUCUUCAAUUGGCAAUGAACUUGAUCAAACAGGCUUCCGCAGAAAUGACCCAGUCUAAGGAAGUGUCUCCUGAGUGGCAGACGGCAGCCAGCGGAAUUUUGGUAGCUCUAGGAAGCAAGUAUUGCAAUGAAGUAAUGGGUGAGAUGCUGGAGAAGUUUCAACCUGGAGUCUUGCCGCACUUUUUUGUUGUCCAGACAAUUGGCAACUUGGCUGCUGCUAAUGUGUAUGAUAUGGUGCCACACCUGACUGCAGUUUUAGGAACCAUGCUGCCCAUGUUGGGUUUAGCCAAGUACGACAACAUGAGAUGGGUUUUUGCUUCAGCUAUAUCAAAGUUUAGUGAAGCAAUAUUGGAAUACUGUGCAAACCUGGAUCAGGCCCCUGAUAAGUCAGUUUCCACAGAUCGAUUUGCAUCCGAAAUAUUUUCAGCAUACGACAUCAUGUUUAAUGUAUGGCUUCAGUCGAAAGAGGCCAAGCUGAGACUUGCUAUCAUUGAAGCAGUUGGUCACAUGACUCAUGUGAUGAGCAAGGACAGAUUGCAGGAGCAGCUUCCCAAGAUUCUGCAGGGCAUUUUCUCAUUGUACAAACGUCACCAAGAAGCUUAUCACAUCACGCAGGGACUUUGUAUGGUGCUGGAUGCCGUGUGUGUCGAAGGAAGUCUCAUUCUGGAGCCAUACCUGGACAACUUGCUGAACAUUCUGUUUUCACAGAUUUUUCAGCCUGUAGAUUACAACAACCCAAUGAGCAUCAAAAACCACAACGAACUUUUGAGGUCAUUUGCAAUUAUAGCUCGGGCAUUUUCUGGGAAACUAGUUGGGAUUUUGCUAGGGAAGUUGGAGACGAGAGAUGAGAAAAUCAAAAUUGGCAUUUUGUCAAUCUUCAGGCAUGUGAUCAAUGCAGCAGUGUCUGCCAUGGAAGAUAAGAAGGAAGUGAUUGUGUCAGGACUCAAGGGAUUGUGUAACGAAACAAACAACAAGGUGAAGAAGAUGUUUGCCCAAGUGAUCAUCGCCAUGGCCCACCAUGGUUAUCUCAUGCUUGAGGGUGGUCAUCACAUGGUGGAAUUCAUCGUCAGACAGUGUGCUCUGGAGGAUGAUCCAAAGGGCAAAAGGUCACCAGAUCCUGAGUAUGUGAGCAACCAGGCACUGAGGAGCAUGUGUGACAACAUCCUGAUGUUGGUGACCACCACUAUUGAAAACAUGGAGACGGUUUUGUGGCCUUACUUGCUGGAGCUUGUGAUUCCCGAGCAGUACACAGCAGCAGCAGGCCCAGUGUGUCGCUCUCUGGGGUUUCUCUCACAGAAGAAGCGAGCAGAGAAUGCACCUGACUAUGAAAUUGAUUUUGAGACCGCUCCCAACAUUCCGAAACCAACAGGCCUCAUUGCAAGAGUUUUGGUGCUGGCAGGGCGACCUCACAAUGGCCGUGGCCGAGGUGUUCACGUUCUGAACUGUAUGAAGGGCAUCUCCCCUGUACUUCAUGACGGUAUUGCAGGAUUAUGGGAUGUAGUCAUCCCGAAACUGAUCAGUUACUUGGAGGGACCAGAUCAUCGGAAGUUGAAGCAUGGAAAGGAUG